GUGAGUAGCUUAGGAGUUGUGAUUACUGGGAUUUUCUUUAGAUGGACGAGGUACUCAGCACUUGGUGGGGUCAUACCGCGCACGCGGUUCAUCGUCUUCAAAACACCUCUGAACGAUCGGCUUCUCACCAGGGUCGAUCCAACGCAGAGGUUCACUGUCAGAAACCUCAUGUGGAUGUUGGCUGAACGCGGACUACGACUCGGUAUGGUUGUUGAUCUCACAGACACGGAUCGAUACUACGAUAAAGAUGAAAUUGAAGGAAUGUGCAUUCAGUACCAAAAAAUAAACUGCCCAGCUUCGUGGGAGAGGACUGAAUGUGUUGCUGAAUUCAACAAGGCGAUUCAAGACUAUAUUGAUAGUUCUGAUGAUGAAGAAGCGCUUAUUGGUGUGCAUUGCACAAAUGGCGUGAAUCGCAGCGGAUAUUUGAUUUGUCGGUUCCUUAUCGAGCGCCUUGGGUGGUCGUCGCACGAAGCAUUAGAUGCAUUUGAACGUGCAAGAGGCUAUCCAAUCGAGAAAGGUUCGUACGUGCAAGCAUUGCAUAAGGCAGCAAUCGAGAGUCGCAACCGAAGGGAUGUUUCCGAUAGCGACUCUGAGGAGCGUCGACGAAAAUCGAAAAAGUCGAAACGAAAGCGCGAAAGAGAAGAAGCGUCAAAUUUCACUGACAGCGCCAGUCAGAUGGGAAAUAUCAUGCAACAGUUCUUCGCUCAGCUACAAGGAGCUCACCAGGCCGCUGAAUCCGGUAACGGAUCAGGUUAUGAGGGUUCUCCUGCUCAGAGCGGUAGCUAUGUUGCUUCACCUGCUCAGCAACAUUGGGCAUAUCAAACGAAGACUCAAGCUGUAAAUCCGUCUUAUUCUGAUAGUCCAGCCGAUCAAAGCAUGCAAGACGAAGAGAUGGAGGAGGGAGAGGAUGGAGAAGUUGGCGAAGAAUCUGAAAAUGGUGCGGAGCAGUCACAAGUGAAAUCCACCGCCCAGAAGCGUCGUGAUCGGCGAAUGAGAAUGAAGAAUAUGCUGUCGGUCAUGAAACGUGGUCGCUUCCAUGAGAUACAAGAGAUGCAGCGCGAAUUUGUCGCUAGAAAAAUGCCAUUUGCUACUGUAUUAGACGAAAUGAGGCAAAGAAGUAUUUCAGAAUCUUACCGUAGUUCAGACGCGAUGGGUUUACCUGUCAUGCCUUUCGAUCUUCAGCAGCAAAGGAAACAGUACCGUGCACCUUUCAAGGUAAAAAGACCUUCGAGUAAAAGUUUUUAG